CCAUUGAGUUCCAAGGAGGGGGUCACUCCAAUAAAGCCAUGUAUGUACGUGUGUCCUUUGACACAAAGCCUGAUCUUCUUUUGCACCUCAUGACCAAAGAGUGGCAGCUAGAGCUCCCCAAGCUUCUCAUUUCUGUGCAUGGAGGCCUUCAGAAUUUUGAACUUCAGCCAAAACUCAAGCAAGUCUUUGGGAAAGGUCUAAUUAAAGCUGCCAUGACAACUGGAGCCUGGAUAUUCACUGGAGGAGUAAACACAGGCGUCAUUCGGCACGUUGGAGAUGCGUUAAAAGAUCAUGCCUCAAAAUCUCGAGGGAAGAUAUGCACUAUUGGUAUAGCCCCCUGGGGUAUUGUGGAAAACCAGGAAGACCUAAUUGGCAAAGAUGUGGUCCGGCCGUAUCAGACAAUGUCCAAUCCCAUGAGUAAGCUGACAGUACUCAAUAGUAUGCACUCCCAUUUUAUUUUGGCUGACAAUGGAACAACAGGCAAAUAUGGAGCAGAAGUGAAACUCCGUAGACAACUGGAAAAGCACAUCUCACUUCAGAAGAUAAAUACUAGAAUUGGACAGGGAGUUCCAGUGGUGGCACUUAUUGUGGAAGGAGGUCCCAAUGUCAUCUCUAUUGUUUUGGAGUACCUACGAGACACUCCACCUGUUCCUGUUGUGAUAUGUGAUGGCAGUGGCCGGGCAUCUGACAUCCUUGCAUUUGGUCACAAAUAUUCUGAAGAAGGAGGGCUUAUCAAUGAAUCUUUAAGGGACCAGUUACUAGUUACCAUCCAGAAGACUUUUACCUAUACUCGGACUCAGGCACAGCAUCUCUUCAUCAUACUCAUGGAAUGCAUGAAGAAGAAGGAGUUGAUGUGUUAUUAGUGUCUCAUGUCCUCAAUAUGACCGACAAAAUAAUACAAGAUAAGCUUGGCAAUGCCUGCCUUUGCAGAAUGCAUCUUGAUGUUAUCGGCCUGCCAUGCCAUCUGCGUACACACGUGGACACAUACACAGACAACUGUCAUCCACGCUGAUGAGAGUUCUGCUCCUAACAUUUGUUACAGCACUGCAGAAGUGUCACUAAAGGGUAUCAUACAGGUUUCAGAACUUUUAUUACAAGUGAUAUAUGAGAGAAAAAGAAUAUGGUUUGAUUCUGAGACUCUAGGUUGAA